CAUCCCCUAUUACAGAGGUACCAAAGAAUAAAAUCUUAGGACCUAUACCUGGAGCUGCUUUGUUCACAAGUGCACUACAAGAGAAACCGAAGCAACUAGUACAAAAAGAUCAAAAUGUACUUGGCAGUGGUGAUGGAAUAGCACCUCCACAGAAAAUACUGUUUCCUGCAGAAAAAAUCUCUUUGAAAUGGCAACAGAUGCACAAAAUAGGAGCUGGCCUCCAAAAUCUGGGCAACACCUGCUUCCUAAACUCUGCACUGCAGUGUUUGACUUAUACGCCACCUCUUGCAAAUUACAUGCUUUCCCGGGAACAUUCUAGAGCAUGUAAUGAACAAGGAUUCUGUAUGAUGUGUAUGAUGCAGAAUCAUAUUACCCAGGUCUUUUCCAGUUCUGGAAAUGUCAUCAAGCCUGUGUCUGUCAUUAACGACCUCCGACGAAUAGCAAAACAUUUUCGAUUUGGAAAUCAGGAAGAUGCACAUGAAUUCUUGCGUUACACUGUUGAUGCUCUCCAGAAAGCAUGCCUAAAUGGAAGUAACAAAUUGGAUAGACAAACUCAGGCCACCACAAUGAUAUAUCAAAUUUUUGGAGGUUACUUGAGAUCGAGAGUAAAGUGUUUAAACUGCAAAGGAGUUUCUGACACAUAUGACCCAUACUUGGAUAUUGCUCUGGAAAUAAAGACUGCACCAAACAUCACAAAAGCUCUGGAACAAUUUGUGAAGCCUGAACAAUUGGAUGGUGAAAAUGCCUACAAAUGCACAAAGUGUAAGAAAAUGGUGCCAGCCUCGAAAAGAUUCACAAUCCAUCGAGCUUCAAAUGUGCUGACACUCUCUCUGAAGCGCUUUGCAAACUUUACAGGUGGAAAGAUCACAAAGGAAGUGAGGUACUCUGAAUAUUUGGAUGUUCGACCCUAUAUGUCACAGAACAAUGGAGAACCAGUUGUUUAUGUGUUAUAUGCAGUAUUGGUGCAUUCAGGAUUCAGCUGCCAUGCAGGGCAUUACUACUGUUAUAUCAAGGCUAGUAAUGGACAGUGGUAUCAGAUGAAUGAUUCUGUUGUAUCUUCAAGUGACAUCAGAUCAGUGCUAAACCAACAAGCCUACGUGCUCUUUUACAUCAGAUCUCACGAUACAAAAAAUAGCUCAGAACAUUGUAAUCAUCCAGGCCACUCAUCUCCAAGGCCAUCUGUCAAUCAACGAUUGACUAACAAUCAAACUGUAUCUGGUUUUAUUGGACCACAGCUCCCUCCACACAGGACCAAGAACUCAAGCCACUUAGCAAAUGGAAACUGUUCUCAAAAAGAAGUUCCUGGCAGUGCAGUACCCAGCACAAGUGGAAUCAGGACCAUUUCUACUUCCCCUGGACCUUCUCAGAGUCGGUCAUUGCCCAGACCAAGUGUGAUACCUGAAUCUUCCAAAAGGCAAAAACUCUCCUUCAGUAUACAGCCUUCCAAGCAAGGAACAAGACAAGCUCCGACCCAGACCAACCUGCAUUGUAGUCCAUUGGAGAACUUGUACAAAACUCCUUCCAUUGUUUCCCAUACUAAUGUGUCUCCAUCUACCUCAGGAACUUCAGCCACAGGAUCCCCACCCUCUGCUCCAACUGCUUUAGCCAUUGUAGCUGCUAAGCCAAUUGCAUCCAACACUGCCUCUUCUCAUUUAAUAGUAAAUGGUCAGCCCAAAGGAUCAUCCAGUUCUUUGGUCCCUUAUAAUGAGGAGUCUUCAGAGGACUCUGAUGAGGAACCUAAGAGCUUGGUUAAGGAAAAUGGUUAUGUGAAAAGUAUAAAUGGUACACUUAAUGGAACUAGACACUGUACACAUCUCAACAUAAACUCUUUGUCUACGGCCACUAGUGACAAUUGCCAUUCUGAGAAUCUGUCUGAGAGAGUUACAACUAAAACUGAUGUGCUUAAGGAAGUGGGCGAUUGUGACAAGAAUCAUCAAAUCUGUGAAUCCACUGUUUCUCAGAUGCAGUCCCUGAAUCGUUCUGCAAAUGGAUUAUCUACUACAAAGGAAUCAUCUGCAGAUAAAGCUAGUACUGUUCCUCCAAUACCAAACACUGAAAAGAUAACACAGAUCUCUACAAGCAGUAUAAAGCACGAGAAAGCUUCAGAAGAAGUCAGGGAAAAUCAAAACCAAUUGCUUAUGUCUUCUAAGGCCAGUUCUGCAAUAAAUCGUAGUGGUGGUGGUGGUGAUGCAGACACGGUACACACAUACAUGGCUGACAAGCAAGCAAAUCUACUGAUCUCUCAACUAAAAGGAGCAAUUGAUGGGCCAUCCACAUUUUCCACAGUCAAUCCUGUUAAAAACAACAUUGAACUUCAGAGAAAUGUUGCUGAAUGUUGUCAUGUUAACUGUAGUUCCCAUGACCAGUGUCCUGUCCACAAAGUACAUGCAAUUCCAGAAAUUACUGAAAUCCAAGAAAAAUUGAGGCCUAGUCAGAUCAAAGAGGAGGCACAGAAAGUUGACCACAAGACCAAUGGUCAUGGUUUUGAAAAUAAGCAAUCAAGUCAAGAUCUAGGCAACAAGAUACCGGAAUUGGAAAUUCACAGUAAUAAACCUCAAUCUAACAGCAACCAGGAAAGUAUUUUGGAAAAUGAAAGUCAGCCUAGCACGGAACACUCUAGUAAGGGAAGGACUAAUCAAAAUAAAAACUUCUUCACCGGAAAGGAUGAUCAUUGCUUCAAAAAACAUCAGUCUGAUGAGGGGACAAAUAAUGAAGUCAAAAAUUGGGUAAUUGAGGACAGUCGUCAACUUGUCAACAAAAAUCAAUAUCAAGAGAAGGAACCAAGUCAAGACAUACAGCAGAAACCAGAGCAGCUACCAACUAAUUUUGUGCAAUCUCCCAUUGAGGAACAUUUGAAUGAAAAUAAGAAUAGCAUUUCAGAACAGGGUAGUACUUAUAAAGAUGAGAUUAUGUCACCCAGGAGGAAUAUAGCUGGUCCAGAGGAAAAGAAAUUUCAGAUGAAAGAAAACUCCAUUUCUGUCGAUGUAAAAUCUCAAUGUAGAGAAAGGACUAGUGUGGAAAAGAAUAGAGCUUUGCAAAAGGAUAGUUAUAAGGGUGAGUCCAAUUAUAGACACAGAUCUAGAGAACACAAAAAUAGAAGAACACAUCAACACACAAGGGAGUUUGAAAAAUCAGCAAGUUGUAAUUACAGAAAUUGUUCCCACAAGCAAGAUUAUUAUCAAGAUGGUCGAAUUGAUAAAUAUAGAAGAAAUAACGAGUGUCCAGCUGAUAGGCAAAACUACAGUAAUUCAAAGGCAAACUCAUUGCUAGCUUAUCAUCCUUAUCAAGAUAGAUUUUACAGAGAGAAAUAUAGUUCUGGCUCAAAUGGAAGGACUUGGAGCAAUCAAUUUGAAUAUAAUGGACUAGAACACAAAUAUGAGCGUAAAAGAAAACGCAGUAGCAGUGUGAAUGAUGGAGGUGAUUCUGAAAGGAGAUGUAAAAAACUGCAUCGAUCACCUGAGGAGAGGAGAAUGAAAAAGCAUAAAAAAUCAAAGAAAAAAAGGACAUCAAAAGACAAACACAGAAGUAAAAACCACAGGCAACAGUCUUUUGAAGCAUCUGAGGCAAGCUGUGACAUUGAUGAAAGAAAGCACAGGAAAAAGAAAAAGAAGAAAAAAAAGAAACGCCAUCACAGUGACAAAGACUGCCAUUAUCAGAAAGAACAUCAUCAUUCCAGGAAACACCAUAGCAUGAAAUCACCUCAUGCCAGUAACAAAUGGGAAAGGUUCAAUGAGUCAACCCGAGGUGCCUAUUCUGAAGAUAAGAUGAUAAAUAGACAUAAACAAACAGUUGAUGAUCAAAUUCCACAGAAAGAAAAAUUUGCACAUUUGGACAGUAAGCUAAAUGGCUCCUAUGUCCACAGCAAAGUUUCAGAGGAAAUGUUGAACGAGCAUAAUGGAAGUUUAAACAGACAUCUUUUGGACUAUGUUGGAUCAGGAUCUCUUUCUGACUGGUCCAGGCAGAGGUUGGAAAAUGGAAGUGAUUCUCAUAAACCCUAUUCAAAAUUUGAUAAAGAACACUUACGAGAAAAGCAGUAUUCACAUGGCUACAAAGAAUGUGGUCCAGCGGACAAUAGGAACGAUCUGACUAGUGUUAGUUCCUUUAGGGAUACUACAAGGUGGAAGACUGGUGAAAAGAGAUCUGAAGAGCAGAAAGCCCACUGACUCUGCAUGCAAAAGAAAUUUUAAUUCAGAUAUAUGACUAGGUUAAACAAUCUCUGCAAGAGACGAAAUCUUCGAAGAACUUUCACUUCGCUAUCCUGAACGUGGUGCUUUAUUCCUUAAAAUACUGUACAGAAUUUUACCAACUGGGUGGGAAAACUGUCGUUUUCUUCUUGGAAAAAUUUUUUUAUUUACACAUUUAGUGAAAAAUCCGAAAUGGAUUGUUAGUUUCUGUUCCUUGAUGAACACUGUACAAAUACUGUAUAAAUAUCUGUAAUUUAUAAAUGGUCACCCUGGAAUUUUUUUUAAAAGACUCGAAUGCUGCUCAGCCACAGACUCAGGUUUGAUUACUACUCAUGUUGUGUGUCAUUUUUAGUGGUUAAAUAUCGGGUGCAAACUGGUGCAAAAAAAAAGGACCAGGAAAUGGCUAUUUGAAAACCAGAACAGUGCAACAGACUGUGAAAUCAUUGGUUUGUUUGAAUAAACCAAGCACUAAAUUUUGAUGAAUCCAAAGUUUUUCAUGAACAAAGCAGUCAUAAGAGAAGUAGAAUAGUUUAAAUUUGAUCGAAAUCGGUACAGUGACUUCUCUAUACUGGGUUACUGUCUGAACUAGAAAUUUUUUAAUGACUUUCAAAAGUACAUAACCUAGAGUAUUGAAUUUGGGGCAUUUGUCCCAGUUCUCAAGUUUUAAUUUUAAAAUGUGAUUUAGUUGUAUUUUCAUAUUUUAAGUUAUAAUUUAUGCAACAAUGGGGCUUUAGGAUGUAAAUUCUUGUAGUAUUACACUUCUAAACUGGUGCACACUUUGUACAACUGUACUUUUUUUAAAAAUGUUCCCUAGGGUAAAACUAUUGAUAUGUACAUAUUGUUUCUUGAAAGUAUUGUUUAAUCUUGACCUUUAAAGAAAUGAAUCCGCUGCCCUAGAAGGAUUCCAAAGGAUCUUGGUGUGCAUUUAUGCUGGGCUUUAUCUCCAAUGCAACAUUUGCCUUUUCUUGCACAUUAAGUGCUUCCUACCCUUUUAUUAACAGGUGAAAAGUCACUUUAAGUAUUUCUAGUUACAGACAGGAAUGUUCCUGUAAAUUAUAUUAAAACUGAGACACACUCAACUGUGAUACCAGCUAUUUCAACUUUGGUCCUGUAUCAGGAAAACAAGUGAAAACAAAAUUGUAUUCCGUGUGAUUCUUAUAAAAAGUGUGUGUGGUUCAGAGCUGUACUGAAAUAUGUUUAAGUUUAAUUGGGUUGGUCAAGAGACUUUUUGGAUGGACAAUCCACCAUCUGCCCAUAUUGUACUGUAGCAUGUGAAAUUUGUAGAAUGUACAAAUAUGAAGUAAAGCUGAAAAGAAAUGUGUAUACAA